CACACACACACACAUAUAUAUAUAUAUAUAUAUAUAUAUAUAAUGGCUUGGUAUACUUAUCUCUCACUCUCUUUAGUUGCUUGUUGCUUCACACAUUUGUAAUAUUUUUAUAGCUGUUUUUUUCAAACAGCUAGUGUGUCUCUUUGGUCUUCAUUCCGUCUGUCUUUGUCUGCACUGUCUGCAGUCCAUCGUUCACUCAUUUGAAUACUUAUUUCAGUCAGAGAUUUCGGAGCAAUAGUGUUGUGUCGUUGUCCAUUUGUGUUGUACUUACAAUUGUGUUUUUCUUUUUCUUUCCAAUUGUUAAAUAAGUACAUAUAUUUAUCCCCUAUUUUUAAAACCUACGCAGUAGAAUGCGAGUGUUGGAUAAAAAAGACACUUAGUUUAGUGAACAGAGUUUAAUUUUUAGUAUCUUCCGUGGAAUAUAAAUAAUACAUAAAUAUAAAUACCCAUGUACGUCCUAAUCAAAGGCAAUAAGAUAAAAGAGUGGACCUCGUUGUUGUUGUUGAAGAUUAUACACUUACAUGUAUCAGUGAUGAUAGUCUCAAAAGUGUGCGUGCAGCUUUAGGAUUCAUUCUAAAUUCUAACCUUCAACUUCAACAGCUGAUAAGCUUGUUAAUAAGUUUAAUAUACCAGCUCUCUGAAAAAUACUUAUACACAGAGUACGGGUGUGUAAUUUUGUUAAACAAAGAAUAUUCAAUUGUAUAUAAUUGAAACAAAACGAUUGUUUUUCAUCGAUUAGAGAUAUGAUCACUCGUUUGCAUAUACACGUAUAAGACCUACUGACCUUUAUCAGCUCAUAAUAACUAUUCUAAUGAUUAAGUAUCUUCGUACGCUAAGUAAUCGACUUGCACCUUGCAUUUUGGACACUGUCCACCCCCGCUUUUUUACUUAUCACAACGUGAUAAAAAAGUGUGCAGCAGGACUCGAGGCGUAUCGUGUAAUUGUGGAAGUUUGACUGUUGGUCCAUAUAGUCCAUAUGUUGGAUAAGAUAAAAAAUGGUACUUGCGAGAUUUUUUCUCAGAAAGGCAGAAGGCCAGGAAAGAGAGAAUCGCGUAGCGCGCGAUGAACUCAAUGUUGCCCUUGAUAAGUGCAUUGUUACCAAUAGUAUUAUGUGUAUCCAAGAGGAAUUCAGUCAACUCAAUGGUAUACAAAGUGAUCCAGUACUUAAUGUGGUUCAGAUGCCAAGUUGCAAUGGCGUUGAUUGUGAAAGCAACACAGAUUCCAGUGAGAACACAACAAAGGCAACUGUUGCACCAGACACUGUCUAUGCCCAGAGACCAUUUGGCAGUUGGAUUGCUGGAUGCAUGCAGCCCGUUACAGUUGCUCUAUCAAAUCUUGUUCAAAAAGUCAUCUACAGUGACAAGAAAGGAGGCCAAACUGAUGAUUGGGAAAUACCGUUUGAAUACAUUAGUGAACUCAAGUGGUUGGGAUCUGGUGCUCAGGGAGCCGUCUUUAGUGGUAAACUGAAAAAAGAAAUCGUAGCAGUUAAGAAAGUGAGGGAGCCCAGUGAGACUAACAUUAAGCAUCUUCGUAAGCUGAACCAUCCAAAUAUCGUGCAAUUUAAGGGUGUAUGCACACAGGCUCCAUGCUAUUGUAUAAUAAUGGAGUUUUGUCCAUCAGGACCACUGUACGAUUGGUUGAGAGUAAAUAAAUCUGUUCCACCAUCUCGGCUGUCCUCAUGGUCCAGGCAAAUCGCAGCAGGCAUGAAGUACUUGCACGACCACAAAAUAAUUCAUAGAGAUCUGAAAAGUCCAAACGUGUUAAUUGGGCGCGAAGAAAUCGUCAAGAUCAGCGACUUUGGUACCAGUCGCGAGUGGAACGAGAAAAGCGCUAGAAUGACGUUUGCUGGCACGGUCGCGUGGAUGGCGCCCGAAAUCAUCAGAAACGAACCGUGCUCGGAGAAAGUUGACAUCUGGUCGUACGGAGUCGUCCUGUGGGAGCUACUCAGUGGCGAGAUACCGUACAAGGAUGUUGAUUCGUCGGCAAUAAUGUACGGUGUGGGCAACAACUCGCUGCGGCUGCCCAUCCCGAAAACGUGUCCGGAUGGCUACAAGCUACUAGUGGAGCAGUGCUGGGCUUCAAAGCCGCGUAACAGACCGUCGUUUAAACAGAUCGAGUCACACCUGCAAAUAGCGGCUGUUGAGCUUGAGAGUGUGCCGCAGGACAAGUACUUGAAAGCUCAGGAAACAUGGAAAGACGAAAUAGCGACGUACAUAAUGCAAAUAAAGAGCGACAGCACGAGCAGUCGGGACUUCGAGGCGGAUCUGAUACGCAGACGAGAGGACGAAUUGCGACACGCACAAGACAUCCGAGAACACUACGAGCGCAAGCUGCAGAGAACCAACAAGCUUUAUAUGGAGCUUAGUGCAGUUCUGUCGCAGCUUGAACAGCGUGAAAGAGACGUUAUCAAACGAGAACAGCAUUCUGGACACAAGCAGGGUAAGAAGCGGAUGGUGCAUCCAAUUCUCAAGUGUCGGCGCAACCCCACUACGAUACAGUUCUCAUCAUCGAGUCCGACGUCACCGUCUCCGCCUGUAGUCUCGCCCAAGAGUCCCGUUAAGGUUACCAUGUACGCGCAGCUUAAUGACUCCAAUAAACCUGAGAAUGUGGUAGUGCCUGGUACUUUCAAGCAGCGCAAAUUCAGGCAUCGACGAGUCGGCUCCGGUUGUGGGAUCAGCUCAAGUCCGAGAUCUAGUCCGCAGCGGGAACGAAAGGCUGCGGAAAUAUCGGCUAGCCGGUUAGUGGACAACCAAACACAGACCGAGAUGGCGAUCGAUUCGACCGAAACCGACUCGACCUACAGAGAUGAGCAGCCUCUGCCUCAGCAGCAAUCUCAGCUACAGCAGCGACGUCCUUCCGUCCAGGAGAAAUACAUCUUUGAAGUAUCUUCCAAUCGCCUAUAUCCAAAAGCAGCUCUUGACUGUCCCAAUAACGGCAACAACCCGGAGCCGAUUCAAUUGUAUCAUCGAAGAUUGCAGCCGACAAAAAGUCCGUGCUCAAGUCCUGAACUACUCAAUGAUAACGGUAACAGCGAGAGGCUAAAAGAUUGCAGUGACGAUGAUAAUUUGGACACGCUAGACAGGAAGGUCAACGAAAUGCUGAACGCCAACGGACUUGUUUCGCCAAUUGACAACGGCAAUAGCUGUGGCAUUGUGUCGCACGGAAGAAUCAUGGAUGAACUGCAGAGUCAAGCAGUGGAAAAGAACAUAGAGACUAAUUUGAAUAGUAAUACCGACGUGAUAGACGCCCACGAGGAUGUCGAUGCUGGAGAGGAAGACAGUUGGUCCGACGAAGAGGGAGAGGAUCCAAAAUAUACAUACAACUACUCGCUCAGAAGGAGAAGUAUUGCGAGAAGGCCAAUCGGUCCGGGUUGUCGACAUCGUCGGCCCAAAGCCACACUCCCAGUCGUACUCAGUAACAAGCGAAUUUUAGCCUCGGACGAGGAGAACACCUCCGAAUACUCACACCCACCCUCCAGCCAGUCGUCGACUCUCGAGAGCAAUCCCGAGGUGCAGCGCGCGUUUCGUCGCGUUGGCUCUUGCGAAUCGACGCCCUCGAUCCACGCAAAAUAUGGCUACACUCGCAGACGAACACUGUCUGCUUGCAGCGUGCGAAAAUCUAAUGUUUAUACGAGCGACGGCGCUGCAUCGUCGUCGGCGAGCCAGUCAGAGUCUGACGAAUUCAGCGAGAGUACGGUCGCUACGGUCGCGACGGUUGCCAAGUACGUAAGUAGGGUGUAAUAAUGUGAUUAUGUGAGGAAAGGUACCAGUGUUGUGUGUGUGUGCUUGGUUGACGAAUUCCAUCGAUUGCGAGUC